AUGUUGAUGAGAGCUAGAAAUGUCGGAAGUGGAAAACGUUACAUCGUAUAGUUUAACUUCACGCACCCUGACGUUUUCAAUCAAGAAUGACUGAGAAGAGGUCAGAGAAGACUAUCUGGGACUUGGCAGUGGAAGAGAGGAAUAAAACUGAAAACCAUUCAAAUAGAGAUCAACAGGAUGACUUACAGUUGUCAAGCAGUGAUGAAUCCAGUAUCUUUAUCCUGGGAAGUAAAAACUCUGGUAAAACCUCCAUAAUUUUGAGAUUUCUUGAUCGAGAUGAAGCUCCCAAACCAACGACAGCUUUGGAUUACACCUUUGGAAGAAGAGCUAAAACUGGACACAAUAUUGGAAAAGACAUAGGUCACAUAUGGGAACUUGGAGGUGGAACAUUCCUUUCCAAAUUAAUUGAAAUUCCUCUGACAUCUGUAACUAUAAGGAGUAUGGCUGUUGCGAUUGUCUUGGACUUGUCUCUUCCAAAUGAACUGUGGAACACAAUGGAAACACUUCUCUCCCAGGUCAAAUCUAAAGUGAACAAAGCCCUGGAAGGUUUAGAGAGCAAAGAGCCUGGUUCUGUGCAACAGAUUAAGAAGCAAGCUUGGAAGAAAUUUGGAGAAGAACAUCCUGACAAAUCUUCCAUCGAUCCGUUUCCUAUACCUCUGGCCAUAAUUGGCGGAAAAUACGAUAUUUAUCAGGAUUUUGAUCCCGAGAAACGGAAAAUGAUAAGUAGAGCACUGCGAUUUGUGGCACACAAGAACGGCGCUCAUUUGCAGUUUUUUAGCACUAAAGCUGAGGGUCUGACGAACCGCACCCGAGGUCUGGUGGGGUCACUGUUGUUCCGCACCCCCCUCAGUAAGGUGGUAUCAGUGGAUCAUAACAAACCCAUCAUUGUUCCGGCUGGACAGGACUCUUUUUCGCAAAUAGGAUCACCUCCAGUUGCAAAUCAAGACAUGGGAAAAAUGCACAGCAGGGAUCCGUACGAGCUUUGGAAGGCUGCCUACGCCACGUUUUUUCCUCCCGAGAAAUCCCAAGGGCGGAACACAAGCGAAGACCCAUCUAAAGAUCCGCAGUAUGCUGAACCAGCGGUCGACACCAUGAGGAAACAGAAAGAUGAGGAACUAGAAAGAUACCGGAAGUUGGCCUUGAGAAAAGUGAGAGAUGCUGCCAGAGGGACUGGAGGAGAGAAACACUCACGCUAGCUAAACAACAACAGCAACAACAAUGAAGAAAGCUUAAACAAUGGAGCAAAUUCCUAUUAGAGCGCUUUUCGACUCUAAAACCAAAGUGAUUACAACGGCCAAUCAGAAGAAAGGAAAAUACAAUAAGAGCCAAUGAGGACUCACAGUAUAAACGACCAAAUCGCCUAAGGCGCGGGAAAAUGCGGGCGACAACGUCUUGAUUCGUUUUUGUUUUCCAUUUGAUUAGCUAAGUGGGUGGCGCAAUUUUUCUGGACCAAUCACAGAGCGAAGUAAAGCAAAACCAAUGUAAUCUGAGAUUACUUUCGAAACUUGCUUUCGAAAUUGCACUAAUAGUCUCACUUUCGACACUCAGUCGACGAAUGCUUUAAAUGUCAAACGCGAUCCAUGAUUUCUUGGAUUUUACUUUUCUUCGAUCUGGGGUUUCUUUAGGAAACUUGCGCUAUCUUUUCAGCAUAUCAAAACCCAUCACAACUGGGGAUUUAGGCAAGUUUGGUUGUUAUUAGUUUGAGUUCUGGCCCUUUGUGGCAUUUCAUUUUAUUCUGUUGGGCCGUUGUGAUUACUUGGGUUUUGCUUCCACGACACUGAUCCGAACUCCCUAAUGUCGACGACCACUCCGUAUUUACAAAACAUUUAUUGGAAAAAUUUUAAGAGCGUUGUAAACAAGGAAAUAACUGUAAAUUAAUGCUGCUUGUAUAAAACAGUGCUACCCAGGAAUUUGAUUCGUUCUCUUCUCUGGAAAUUUUAUUUCACAUAUUAGCAGCUUAUCACGUGUCGUGAACUCAUUGAAUAUGACAAACUCUUUCUUGUGACACUUCGUCUGGUGUGACAUGAAAUACGAGAAAUGAAAGGCAAAAGGAAGAGGAAAUCAAAACUAGAGAAGGUCGAACCCGACGUCACACUUUCUGACUGACGUUCGAUUUAUGUGGGUUUGUCAAAGACAAGAAAACCAGGGAUGAGCACAUCGAACCGAGGCUAAUUGGGGACAUUCUUCUAUCUUUGUUUUACUUCCACCAGAAAAGCUUUUAAAGUUGUUUUCCGCCCGUUUUUUUUAACAGGAGAUAUAAAGUAAUCGACUGUGGUGAGACGUCAAAUUAAGGUUAGCCUAGCACCCAGACGGACGUCUCCGCUGAAAAUCAGUUGGCGCCUAGGGAGGGAAGUGGUUACAUGUAAGGCACAAUGUUCCUUCCGCUUCUUCCCCCUCCCCCCACUUCUUUUUUUUUCUUUCCGUGGACGCUCGCGCUUCGUGCUCGUUUUCCAGAGAGUCUACC